CAGAACGAACACCAAUCCCCUCCCACUCCCCGUCGCGAACGUAAUUCGAAUAAUGGCGUCUCUCCUCAUCUCCCCUCCUCUUCCUCCUCCUCGUACUGUUUCAUCUCCUGUUAUUUCCUCCCUCGCCCCUCUCUUUAGCCGUAAUCCCCACCAUGUCCCUUCCCUCUUCGUCCCCUUCGACUCCGUCUCCUAUAAGAGGCGCUCCGCGUCUCGAACCCUCGUCGUCUCCUUCGCCCUCGCCGAGUCCGAUUCCCCAAAAUCACUCGGCGACAAGCCCCUCCGUCCCCUCCUCCAAGAGCUCGCCGAUUCCCUGCGCCUUCCCCCGGAUUUCCUCUCUGCUCUCCCCGGCGAUCUACGUCUCGAUCUCAACGACGCGGCAUUCGAUCUGUCGAACGGGCCCGUGCUGGAGGAGUGUGGGAAAGAAGUGGGCGAAUUGCUGUUGAAUCUUUCGCGAGCGUGGGAGCUAGCGGACACUAGGACUUCGAAUAGCAUUGCUACUCAGCUACCAUCGAUAGAGAGCUAUUUGAUGGGGAAUGUUAAAUCAGCGCUUGGCAAACGCCUGGUGUCGGCUGGGAGAAGAUUUGAGGCCAUGGGGCAAUAUGGUCAAGGAGAGCUGCAAAGGAUUGCUAAAACAAUGGUUAAAACUGGAAAGAUUCUAUCAAGAGCACCAGGGGCUAUAACAGAUGAAGAACCAAAAAAGGAAAGCAAGAUACUGAAGUUUGGAGAAAUAGAAUUUGAGUUGACCCCAGCAAAAGCCAACAUUGGAGCUGCAGUCGGAUUCGUUUUUGGGAUUCUCUCCUGGGAACUAAGCCAAGGUGUUCAAAGCAUACCAGAAAGCUCGUUGCAGUAUGCAAAUGACAAUGCACUGAUACUAGCCAAGUCUCUACGGGGAGCUCUUCUCGUUCUUUGUUAUUCAUCAACCUUCUUAUCAGCAUUUGCUUCGGUAGGACUGUUACUGCUUGCAAGGCAAGUGAGCUCUGAGCGCGAUUCGUAGUGAUUAAAGUUUGAAAAUAUGCUAUCACAUUUGUAUGACAUCUUAGUAACAAAUCAGAGGCAACUACCGGGACACUUGCUGUGUGCCAAUAAUGAGUAAAUAAUGACCUACACUCUGCAGCAGUGCAAUAUCUGUGCCACCCUUCUUUAUGUACAUGAAUAAGGUGCUUAAUAUAAAGGUUACUUAUGUGAAUUGUAUAUGAUUUACACUACAGGGGGUAAUCUAAAAUCUAAGACUCUUCUAUAAUGGGGUAGUACAUUAGUAUUUUGUCAUAUUUCUUAUUCUGGAACUUUUAAUUGCAACUGUACUGACGUUAUGUGUGAUAUUCUUGUAAUUUCAAUUGAUUCAGAAGCUUCAGUUAUUA